AGUCAAUGAAGUGACGUAACACGCUCUCAUUGGCUGAACCGCUGCAUCCACGUGACCUUAGAGCACCGGCGUAUAAAGGGCAAUAUGAACGGGGGUGUAAAGGUGGGGUGCUGCUACGAAAUGAAUGUAAAGGUGGGAACAGUUAUUGGAAUCUUCCAAACGCGUAGGUGAGAAGAAUAUGAGAGCACAGAAGCUACAGAGCGCAGAUGAGAUGUGGCUGCGGUGCAGGAUGUCGGCAGGGAGCGUGUAGAGUUCGCUGCGUCAGUUGAGAGGCAGCUUCCGAGCGGAGAGGCAAGGGACAAGCAAUUCGAGGCCCGUCGAUCGCGGCUGUACGGUGCGUGUUGUGUGUAUAGUGACAGUACGGCAGCGUUUGUUUAUGAUAUGCCUUCGGAAGAUAGCGAUCGUGUAACUGUUAUGGAGCUGUGUGUUAGUAAGGAGUGGCUGCUACAAGAACUCCGGUCAGAUCCAUCUCGGCUUGUAAUAUUAGAUUGCCGCAGUUCAAACGAAUACGGCGAAUCUCAUAUAAGGCAUGCUCUAAAUUUCAGUAUUCCUAGUAUAAUGUUAAGGAGAUUGGCGGCGGGUAAAAUUGAUUUGUUAUCAACGAUUAAAUGCCGUGAUUUAAAAGCGAAAAUUGCUAGCGCCUAUAAAGAGAAUUUAUUUGUUUUGUAUGGCGAUUUCGUAGUCACAGAACAGCAGCAGAGAAGCCAACAAGCCACUUUUACAGCAAGUGAUACUCUACAUGUACUUGCUAAACGUUUGACACAAGAUGGCUGCCAAGUCGUAUGCUUGGAAGGUGGCUUCUCUCAGUUUCGCUCUUGCUACCCGGAAUGGUGUGACAGUUGCAGUGAGCUGGCAGGUGAUGUGAGCACUGGCCCAGGUGCUGAGUCCGUUGCUGUGCCUCUCAUGGGGCUCCGCAGCCUACGGAUUUCACCAGCAUUGCAGACCUGCAAGAGGCAGCACCAUCAUUUGGGUUCUUCUUGUGGUAGUUCAUCUUCUGCUGCCACAAGUAGCACAGACUCUUCAGAUUCAGAUGACCGCUGUGAUUCAUCCUUGGGUCUAGAAGAAGAUCGAGACUUCCCUGUUGAGAUAGUUCCACACUUAUUUCUGGGCAAUGCAUCAAAUUCAGAGGACAGGGAGUCACUAAACAGGCACAGCAUACAGUACAUUUUGAAUGUAACGCCUGAUUUACCAAAUGUAUUUGAGGACUCAGGAUCAAUUAAGUAUAUGCAGAUUCCAAUAGCAGAUCACUGGAGCCAGAACUUAGCAAGCUUUUUCCCAAAAGCAAUAGAAUUCAUUGAUGAAGCCAGGAACAAUGGGAAGGGUGUCUUAGUACACUGUGUCGCAGGAGUUUCUCGCUCUGUCACGAUUACAGUUGCCUACCUCAUGAACAAAUUAUCACUUUCUCUGAAUGAUGCAUUCAACCUUGUACGGAGCCGUAAGUCAAACAUUGCACCAAACUUUCAUUUUAUGGAGCAGCUUCACAACUACGAACAAGAACUUUCUCGGCCAGCCGUCUGUGUGGAAGAACCGACCCAAGCUGCUGCUUCUACCAGUACAGAGACAGGGCAGUCUGGAUGUCACAGUUGUGGAGGAGUUCAAUGUAAAUGUGGUGGUGGCUCUCACUUUCUGAGCCCUGUCAAUGUUGGAACAAGUCCUGAUUCUGGAAUUGAGUUUGAUCGUUGGACGUCUGCACCCAGUGAGUGAGACCGGCCGGGGAAGACACAAUGGCAGUUCUAAAAGCAGUAAAAUCUGUUCAGUCAUGUGUCCUCCCCUUGAAAUGUUACACCUUUCAAUUGUUAAAAUUUUCAGCAUUUAAUUGUAAAUGUUCUUAGUGUUGAAUUCAAUGUUAAAGGAAAAUUAUAAGAGCACAUUAUCAGAAAUUCAUUCGCAUUUCAUAAUUCUAAAAUUGUUGAAACACUGCUUUUGUAAAAUUCUUAUUUCAAAAAUCUUGUUUUCACAGAGAACAGUGUUUUCACGAUAACCAUUCUCAACAGUUUCCUUCACUUGUUAUUGUUUAAGUAUGUGACACCACUUUUUUAUUUAUAGCACUGAUAGUUACACGUAUAACUAAAAUCAAUUAACUGUUAAAAUUCUAGUAGUUGGAAUAUAAAUGUCUUAUGAUAUAUUUUCAUCAAAGUAAGAUAUUUGUCAGAUGCACCUCAAAGCAGAUUUAUGUGUGAAGGAAAAGUAAAUAUUGGUGCAUUACUUCAUUUAUUGUAGGUAUUGUUUGACUGCCUUUGCGUCUAUUGGGAAAGGCAGAAAUAUGUACAGCUUACAUUUAAGUUUAUCUUACUGAGUUCGUGUAGCAAAUUUAAUUUUAACUAUUUCAUAAUCAAAGAAACUUGACGUGUAUUAUCCAUUACAGUAGCGGUAAUAACCAUGUUUUUAAUUUUUAUAAGAAAUGAUCUACAGUACAAGUGUCAUAUAACUAUUAUUCACUUUAUUGUGGUAAUUUAUAUGAUAGCUGUUAUUAUAUUGAUCAACUUAUAUUUUUCCCCCCCAAGAAAGGAUACUAUUGUCCUUUCAUGCUUCAUAGGUACUGUGACUUCCUGGCAGCUUUUUUGAUAAUAUCCCUUCUUCACAGUUUCAAAGAUAUUGAUAAAAGAAUUUAUUCUUGUUUGAACGAAGUGUGUCCUGGGAUUAGUGACAUGUCUAAUUACCGGGGUAUCAAUGCAUUUACUGAAAUUGGUUCAGUUUCAAUCACAUGUUUGUUAGUAUUUUGCUAUCUAAAACCAUCUCUUCAAAUCCUGGUGGUAAAGCAAACACAUUUAACAUUACAUGAGAAGAAAAUAUGUACAUACGUGAAAGAUAGCAGUGACUGUUUGGACAUGAUGGCAUACAGGACAGACAUUUCUCAUGAUAUUAGUUAAUAAAUGUGUCUGCAAUAAUGAAAGCCACAGAUUACAAAAAAUUGGGUUUGUAAUGUGAAAUUUCACCAGGCACAUUCUGAUGUUAGGUCAUACCUUCAUAGUGGCAUACUGCUUGUAGCAGGUGAUUCCUUUUCAAUUUCAUUUACUUGACUCCUUGACAAAGCAUGUACGAAAUGCCACUGGUUCCACUGCAAAAGUUAAUUGCUUCCCCACUUGUAAUUGUUGUAAUCCACUCAAUUCAGUGUUUGUGAAUAAGAAAAGACUUUCAUUAUUAAAUUUUUAUGAGACAACUUGUUUUUGGCACCGUCUUACCUAGAAUGUGAGAAGACUGUUCGUGGUUAUGCUGCUGUCAUUGCUACUGCCAAAGGAACAAUAUAAUGGACUUCAGUAAUACUGUAAAAAUCUUCUUGGCCCAAGAGUGAAAAGCAAAAUGGUCAAAAACAUAUUCUCUCACAUAGCAUAACCAGGAGCAAGUUAAAACGCAGAACAUUUAAGAUAGUUGAAAAUUUUCAUCCAUGUUCCAGAAGAGAGUUGUUGAGGUAUUACUUAAUCUCAGAUUUUUUGAAUGGUUUGAAAUUAAUUAAUCGUAUAGAUGUAAUUGCACGUAAAAUGAUUGUGAUGCAGAUAUUUUAGAUAGAGAAAAUUAAUUUAAUAGGAAUACAAGAUAUCAUUAUUCUUUAUUUAAUUAUUCCAAGAGGUCAUCAUUUCAACAGUUUGUGUCAAGUGAAAGCCUGAUUUUUGAGAGUUUUCUCUGUCAGUGAGGUGGUUAUGCUGGUGGAGUUGGUUGUCGCACAAAUGGUGCACCUAGGAUGGAUGAUGGGGCUAUGGUAACACCUGGGGAGGAAUGUCCCUUCACCACAUGUAUUGGGUGCUGGCAACCCUGUAGUAUAGUAGUCUUCUUAAAAGAUGGAAAUGGCAAGGAGUACAUUCCUCCCACAUGAGUUACUAUGCCCCAACCAUUUGUCCCAGCUGCAUGCAGUGAAAGGGAGUUGGGAGAUGAAUUUAGUCGUAACAUUCUGAAUUGUUGACACACAAAAGACCUUGCUUCUCCAAAGAGUCUUGCUGUUCUAGUUGGCAUUGCUUUUUCUUUUCCAUGUCAAUAAUUAGACAUGUCAUGACCAAAUGCAUCUCCAAGCUCUCCUUCAUUGCAUUCAACUUUUCCACCUCUAAGCGAAGCCAUUUACAUUUGUCUUGUGAAGCCAGCCAUUUCUUCUGGCAUUCCCCCUGGUUCAAUACAAACUCGAUGAUCUCUGGUUCACAGCUUCCUCCUACUAACACAUUCAUGCACCUUAUUAAACCAUCAUUCAGCAACAUGAUGCAGCCAUGAUUUCUUGUAAAACACAAACAACAAUCUAAUAACACAAUCAAUAAGUUUAUAUUUCAACCAUCAUCAGGACACAUUUUGUAUUUCAACAACCAUCAGAAAACAUUUUCUAUUUCAACUGUCAUUGGAGGACAACAGGUAGAAAUAAAAGCACAAAGUAUCAAAACUGUUGUUUAUAAAUGUAUGGGUGCUGCUGCCAUGUUUGUUUUGUUGAAAAAGCAAAACAUAUGCUACAUCAAAAUGAGGUGAUAAUUACUAGUGAUGUAGGAGCUACAAAGGAGAAACCAAAUGAGGUGGUGCAGCAUUUAAGGCACUGGACUUGCAUUCAGGAGGAUUGCUGUUCAAAUCCAUCCAUCGUCACCUUGUUCUAUCAAAGUGUGUGCUCGGUCUCUGAUGAUUUCAAAAUCAACAGAACUUUGAAGUAUAAUCUUCCUUGAAAAGCUGAAAAUUGUCUUCCAUAACUAUAAUUGUUUUAUGUAUGGUCUGAUCAUAAAGGGAAACAUAUAUGCAUGAUUCUACCACUGCCUGCUUUUACAGCUGGCAUCGGUGAACGUAGAGGUAGUGUGUUUUGUGUGCUGGAUCACAUGAAAUUUAGUAGUUUUAUUGAUAUACAAAAAUUCCACUGCAUACAGUAUUGUAAAAGAUUCUUUUACUAAAACUUUGAGGUAUCUGGAGAGUAAGUGCAGUGAAAUUUAGUUUUGAGCAAUUUGUGGACAUUGUGGUUAUUGUGUUACUUUAGUUUGGCAAGUAACUGGAAACAACAAUCAUGGAUAAGCUGUUCAAGUAAAACCAAAUAAGAACUCAUAUGAGAGACAAUUGUGAACCAUAUAUUAUUACUGUCUACACACAUUUUGCACAAAUUUGGUCAAAGAUUUCAACAGUUGUUAGAAUCAGUUCCAUUUCCUGAAAAACACUGAUGCGUAUUUCUAAAACAGUGAAUUGUGAACUUUUUGUCCAGUCCCUAUGUGGUCAGGAAUAUAAAUGCCAUGGUCGCAAAUCUCACAUACAUGUGUAGCAACUUUCAUAGUGUAUUAAAUGUAUGUUCAGCCAGCUUACAAACUGCACAAAGGAAAGUUUUUCAAACAAAUUGAAGCUUUCAAAUUUUCAUGUAGUUGUUGGUGGCAGACUGCUCAAUGCACAGUACUAUAGACUUACAAUGUUAAAAUUUUCUUGAAUAGUAUGGACUACAUAAAUUGUAAAGAUCACACACCAUGCACUGUGUACAGUUUACACGCACACAUAUAACACAGAAUUUUAAAGUACCUCUCAUUUUUAAUAUGCUACAUCAUAUGAUAACUUUUUGAUGUUACUAAUCACUGCAUUGUCUCUGCUGACUGCUUUGAAUGCAGGCUUAAUUGUUGUUACAGGAACAUAGAACAAUUUAUAUCUGACAAAAAAUGAUUUUUGUGAUGGUGUAUAAGUAGUUCAUGCAUAAUGAGGCAGAUGCAGAAUGAUGGAUUUGUUCUGGCGUAAAAUUUAAAGUCAAAUUAAUCACAUUGUAUUACGAAUGUUGCCAAAAAAUGUGAACAUUGUGUGUUAAAACAGAAAAUGAUCCAUAUGAAGUGGAAACAGUAUAUAUUGCACCAUAUAUUUACCUCUGGUUUGUGGGCUAAUCAUUAUCUCUGGUGUGCAAUAUUUGAAAGUUAAUAACAGUUGUUUAUAAUGAUAAGUUCAGUUUGUAUUUUUUUCAUACAAUUAUGUUAACUCGAAAAAAAAUUUUCUGUUGACUCUUGUGCUUAGGAGAUUGAGAAUGCCGUUGUUACAUCCUAAAAGUAUUUGUGCAUUGAUUAUUUGAUGUUCAGUACAAUAACUUCUUUCCGGAUCUACAAUACUUGUUAGCUAAAUGUAUUCCUUGUGUGUUGAGAGAUAAGGUAUAUCAACCAUGCAGAUCAGUAAAUAUCAGACCUCUGUAAUGUACAGCAUGAACUGUUUGCUGUGUUUUCUGAUAAAUUGAAUCCCGUGGCACAUAUGCUAAAUGUCAUAGUUGACUUAUUCUGAACAAGUAGCUUCAUUUCAAAGAAAUGAAUGAUCAGGAUAAUACCAUUCUCAUAACAUUCCUGGGAUUUUAGCUCCAUCAAUUGAUAUUUGCUUCUGACAGAAAUAAGGUGAGCUGCAUCUUCGUCACAUGGUAAUUAUAAAGACACCAUUGCACUACUAUAUUCAGAUGUUUCCCUGUUGCAGUACAUAGAUCGUGCUACUUCCAAAUUCCCUACCUAUGAGCUGCAGCUUUGAUAUGUAUCUCAUUCAUCAUUUGUCAGAGUACAGUUCAGGAAAAUUGUUCAUCAGUUUGUUUAUAUAGUAAUUGUGUAUGUCUUAUUUGUUUUGUUUAAUUAUUUGUAAAGUUUCUGAAUCCUUGAGUAUUAUUAACCUUUUAAUUUUUUAAUCCUUGUAGUUAAGUUCUUAGCUGCUCUUUUUGUUCCUUUUUAUGCAAAAAGUCUCAACUUUGAGCUUUCAGUCAGACCUGACAGAGCAAAAAAAAAAAAAAAAUCAUUAUAGUGCAUAAUACAAGUAUUUCCUAUCGUGAGAUUGGUUCUUUAACAUGUGUGUUGUUAUUUGCACAAUGUAACUCAUUUAGCACAAUUAUUUCCUAUGGUAUUUGUCUUUUGAAGGUGCCCCAUACUUGACAGCAGCUGUAGUGUAUGACAAUCAGCCACGCAUGCCCAAAUACAGCUGAUAAAAUUAAAUUAUCCUAUCUGCACUUCAUUGUCAUGUUUGUACAUUUAAGUAGUGGGCCAAGUGCUAGCAUUAUGUUAGUGCAGAAUUGGCCAUUGCAAUGGGCAUGCAUAGUGGUAAACAUGUUGAAAUGAUCAUGUCAUACAGAAUAAUUUUCAUUUUAGCACUAACCUUCACAUGUGCAGGUAAAUCGGUGUCCUCUACCAAUUUGGAAUUCAUAUUUCCAGGCAGAAGCUCAACCAUUUAUUACUGUGUUAGAAAUAAAAAUCAUAAACAUCCAAAUUUGUUAACAAGUUGAAAAUAGUGCUGUGCGAGGGGGGGGG